AUUUUGUAAAACAUAACAUAAAAAAUCAAUAUCUAUGAAUACUUGUAAUACUUUUGUAAUGAAACUUGAUAGUGAUUAAUAACAUAGAGGCAAAGAUGGAAGAUAACUCAGCGGAUGAGUUUGAAGGAAACAACUUAGAAAUAACUCGGAAUCCCUUCGACAGUCAGCUGUAUGAUAAAGAAAACUUUCCAGUACUUGAUUCAUCAGUGUUUAUCAAUCCUUCUACACCGAAAAGAAAAUCUGCUGAAGAAUUCCGAUGGUCGAUUGAUCAAAUUGCUCUUUUAAAACCAGCUCAAAUGGAUUUGUUUCCAAAUCAAGAAUACAGUGUAACGUAUGAGAGGCAAGAAGAUGAAGAGAAACACCAGCAGCAGGUUGAUGAAUACUUCCGAAACGUACUGUUGCCUUCUCCCUGGUUGGACAAUCGAGCUGAUAUCUUGAAGCGCGUCACAUUCUCACCAAACCCUCCAACGACGAGAUAUAUCACCGAUCAAGCAGAAAACUCCUGCAAUACUUCGUACAUAUCUCAUGCAGCAUCAAGCGUGAGUCGAGAUCGCAUGAGCAUUUCAACAGCUGAGGAUACCAUGUUAGCUGAUGCAUGUUGUCAGACAGUUUUAACAUUUCCAGUCGACUUCAAUCUCGAGACUUUAAUCAGUAAAAACUUUUACUCAUACACUGAGGAAUCAGAUGAGGCGAAAGAGUUAAUGAUUUCAUCUCUGCGCCGUAAACUUUUUGUUCACGAACCAAAAACGCCAGUUAAGCUGGAAGACAAACCCAGCCCACGUUUGACACCGGGUUAUACAACAUCAAGUCCCACGGGCGAAACCUCCACCAAUAAGCGUAACUCGCCCGUUUCUUUCUCUACAGAUAACUGCCUCAGUCCGUCGAUAUCUCCAGUUAAAGAGAUGUCAACAGGAAGUACACUGUCCGUGUUUAGUUCUUCCGACGACACCAGUCCAAAACAAGCUUCCAAUGUUGGUACGCCACACAAACUACGUGACGACACUUCCUUUUCGUCUGUCGAUGUUUCGCCUAUCCGUUCAUCCAAAGCAAAGGAUGCCAGCACCUACUCAUAUUUACCAGACGUCAGCUUUGAUUUGAAUGAGACGGACGAAAACAUUCGAGAAUCAAGUCGUGAUGUUAGGUUUAAUUCUCCAGAUAUUUCUCCAAUAAAAUAUGAAAGUGCUCCAUCGCAACCGACUUCAAGCAAUGCGGGUUUUGAUUUUUUGGAGCCUAGUGAGAGCGGUCAACAAAGUAUCAAAGAAUCGACAGCUCGAAACAUACUUGCUUUUACUGGAUGUGAUAUCUCUUCUAUUAAUGAGCACAGUUCCAAAGACAAGGACGAGCAUAACUCAGAGGAUACUGGUCCACUUGAUAUAACUGAGCUGGCGUCACUAGAAGAAUUAACUUCAAACAAAAAUGGCAACAUGCGUAAUUGUGAGAAGGAUGGGGAAUAUGUGAAGGCUUCAGCUGAAAAAGAAGACCGCGCUGAGCAUGCGUCAAGUGAUGCGACAUCUUUAAAAGUCAAGGGAGAAAAAAACCCGUAUAUCAGUCCUACAUAUGGACUUAUUAAUACAAAUAGUGGUAACACAACUCCCUUAAAAGGCAUUCUGAAACAUCGAGACGCGGUCACACCGACACGAACUAAUUUAAAGAGCUUCAUCUGCGAAGAAAGCACGCGUUUUAAUACGGCUUGUAACAGCGGCAAACGGAGAGCUUUACCUAAGCCUGUGUUGACAGAAAGUAUGAAGUCAUCCACGAAUCCCAAAGUUUUACCUAAGCCGAUUUUACCGCAGAAAGUGGCCCUGUCAGAAAGUAGCAUCAGUCCGGAGCUCGAAAUGUGGUGGAAAGACAGUCCAUCGAAAGACACAAACUUAGGCGAUGAUCUUGUUUGUUUACGAGCGAAUGCAGCACUUAGACGUGCAACAAAGUUUACUAACUCGUUUGAACGAGAGUUUUCCGAUAAAGAAAACAUUCGUCCUCGACGGUUUUUUCGAGAUCUUCCCUUAAACAGUACCGAAGUUGUAGGGAGUAUUUCCGGUCUGUCUGGUAGCACCUCGGAAAUGACCGGUAACACUGUGGAAAUGACCGGUAGUACCGUAGACAGAUGUUCUGUUGAUGACACUUCGGCGAGAGAUUCUCUUAAUGUAGUUGUGGAGGAAGGACGAGUGGACAGUGGUGUAUCCAGCAUGGAGUGGAGUAGCGGCAACACAAAAAUCACGCGGCACCACACAACUCCACGUGUCCGAUCAAUAUCACCAAUUUUGCGAUUGGAUCAAUUGUCUCUUAGCAACAAGAAAAAUUGGUCCGGUAAAAAGAUACAGCGGUCAAACUUCUUGAACCGGUCUUCUAGUCAGUUAAGUAGACUCAUGUUAUAUCGGAGCUAUACGUGGCCGCACCAACAAAGAGCGCGAUCAACGUUGUCGUCAUCUAACAUAGCUGCAUCGCGUUCACGAGUUGCACCCAAAUACCGCUUUAGAAGGACUCCGCUGUCCUAUAAAGUUCAACAAAAGCACAUAGUUGAAUGUGAAACACUUCAGCUGAGUGACUAUAAGUCCAUGAACUCAGCAUAUAAAGAUCUUUUACUUUCGCCUUUGAAGUAAUAUAGGCCAAUAAAUGUUUCAAGACAAAACGUCUGGAACAUUGUUCGUUUUUUUCAAUAAGCAAUUGUUUUGUCAACAUAAAAAUCGGUAUGUAUAUAUUGUACACAAGAAAAUUAAUUUUAAAAUAUUUUUAAGUCAUAAAUGUAAAAUAAUUCAACAAUUUUUUCUGUAGUUCCUAAUUUUAUUUUUAAUGGUAAAACUGCACAUUGUAUAUAUUUCUUUGAAGAUUUUCAAAACCAUAUAAUAGCUAAAUGCUUUGCGUACAACAAAAGCAAUUGAGCUGGGAUUUAUAUAUUCUUUACACUCCACCUUUCAGAGCGAACCUUCUUGGAUCACAUCUCAUUUGCAACUCUUUUCCAUGCCUCUCAUAUAUUCUACAUCUCGAAAAUAUUUGAAUAUGUAGUCUUACCAACAUCUCAGAAUUUUCCCUAGGUUAAUUCAGGGUGGGAGCGGGUGGUGGGGAUAUAGUUUACUUCUUACUACUUGAAUAAUGUAUUCCAUAGAGUAUUAUGUGCAUUGCUACAUCACUUUCUUCACAAUACAAAUGUGAUAGAGACCUUUGUCGUGAUUUUAGAGGGAGUGAAGAAGGGUGUCUCAAGGGGACGUUUUCAGGGUUUUAUACCCAGGCGUUUAUAGAAGAUGGCGCUAAGUGUAUAGCAUGGGCGUUUACUUGGGCGUCAAAAGUAUUUA